AUGGAAGAUAAUUUAGAAUCAUUUAUAUUCUCCACAGAAAGAGACGAUUUUGAUGAAUCCCAAAGACUGAUAAGUGAUUUAUACGCGUAUUUUCGUGAUGGAUACUCAUUACUAGAACUUUGUUGUUAUCAUGGAUCAGUUAAUUGCUUCAAACUUUUGAUAUCAAAAUUCCAAUCAUUAAUCACUCAGAAAUGUCUUCAACUUUCAUUUCUAAGUGGAAAAAAGGAAAUCAUGAGUGAAUGUUUGAAAUUCCAAACUCCAGAUAUAUUAUGCAUGAAAAAUGCUAUUAUGUCUCAUAACAUCGAUUUCGUUACAUUCUUAAUGUAUGAAUACAAGAUGGAAAUUGACUUGUUUUGUUGUGGAGAGUACUAUAAUCCCCAUGCUUUAUUGGUUUAUCUCGAUCAAACCCAUAACAUCGACAAUGGAUUGGCUUAUUCACCAUUGUUCAACAAUGUUAAACUUUGCCAAUAUUUGAUUUCACAUGGUGCAGAUGUCAAUGCUAAAGAUCAAAAUGGAAGAACUGUUCUUCAUAGCGCAACAUGGUUUAAUAAAAAAGAAAUCGCAGAACUUCUCAUUUUGAAUGGUGCAGAUAUCAAUGCUAAAUAUUAUGAUGAAGAAACACCUCUUCAUAAAGCAGUCAGUUUUAAUAAUAGAGAAAUUGCAGAACUUCUUAUUUCACACGGUGCUGAUCUAAAUGCCAAAAAUGAUGUCGGUGAAACACCUCUUCAGAAGGCAAAAAGUAAUGAAUACAAAGAAAUGGAAGAACUCCUUAUUUCAAAAGGAGCCAAAAAUUAA